AUGGCCCCUUCAGCGGACAAGAAGGCGCGUACGAGGGCAGACUAUCCUUACAUAUUGGACUACCGGACACGAUGGAACGACAACGACAUGUACGACCACAUGAAUAAUUCCGUCUACAACUUCUUGUUCGACUCCGCCGCGAAUGCGUACCUCAUGGAAUACUGCGGCAUCCACCCCCCGAACUCGCCGUACCACCCACUUGUUGCCCACACGAGCACCAACUUCUACUCGUCCAUUGCUUAUCCCGCCGUGGCCGAGGUGGGUGUUCGUGUGGCCAAGCUUGGCAACUCGAGUGUCACCUUUGAGCUAGCUGUAUUCGAAAAGGGUGUCGAGGGAGUAAAGGCUGUCUGUGACUUUGUACAUGUAUUUGUCGAGAGAUCCACAGGUAGACCUUCAAAGACGGGCAUGGCUCCCGAACUGAGGAGGGGGCUGGAGAAGUUGUGCAAUGGGCAUGAGCAGCUAACGUCAAAGAGUAAGCUGUGA